AUGGAUUUUGUUAGAGGGGCAUGUUCAGUAGACAAAGUAGGAGGCGUGGUAGCCAUCCGAGAAGAUCUAGCUCCCCUGAUUCUUGAAUGGAAAGCAGUUGAAGAAGAUAAAUCAAUCUCCAUCCCGCUUAAUUCCUUAAAAUUCUUACAAAGUACAAAGGAAUCUAGUCCAAAAAUGAUGCUUAAAGUUAUAUAUAAACUAAGUGAAGAUGAUGAAGAGAAGUCGUUCAAAUUGACAUUUACUAAUCGACCAACUAUGAAUAGCAUCAAGGAUUCACUUCAAGCGAUCGUAUCUAGAUCAAGAACGAGAGUGGAAGGAACCGCAACUCCACAACCGGAACUAACACCCAGACCUUCUUCAUCCGCAGCAGCAUCAGGAGCAGCACCAGCAUCUUCAUCUCCAGCAUCGCGUCCAGCAAGCAGAGCCUCGUCGUCGUUUACAUUCAACACCAGCCCACAAGCAUUGUCUGAUGCCAAUCUAUUAAAGAAUUUCGAACUACAACAAAAAUUAUUAUUAGAAGAUAGAGUUCUACGUGACAGAUUCACAAAAUCAGUGAUUGAACAUCAAUUAUCCCCCCAGGUCUUUUGGUCAAGUCGAUUGAAUCAAUUACGAACAUUUGCAUUAACCAUAUCACAACAUCGAGGUCCCUAUAAUGUAUUAUCCACUAUCAAACCAGUUGCUACCUCUGAUAAUCAAGUGAAUGUGAAUGUGACUCGAGAUACCAUUGAUGAAAUAUUUGAGAUCUAUCCGGUUAUUAAGAAAGCAUUUAAUGAUUUAGUUCCCCAGAAAUUCUCCGAGGGGGAAUUUUGGUCAAGAUUUUUCAAUUCGAAAUUGUUUAGAAGAUUAAGGGGGGAUAAAAUAAAUCAAACAAAUGAGAGAGGGGAUGUUAUUUUGGAUAAAUAUUUAUACAUAGAUGAGAGAUUUAUCGAACAAGAUAUUAAGGAUAAUGAAUCCGGGGACACAUCAUCACAAGCUGGAGGAGCUAAGAAGAAACAGAAGAACAAGAAGGAUACAAUCGAUGACGAGCAAGAACAGAUUAAAAAACUUGUAAAACAGAAGCAGCAAGAACAACAGAAUAAAGAAGCCACUGUUGCAAAAGUCCAUAAAUUUCUAGAUUUGUUAGGGAAUCAAGAAGAUAAUUCGCAAAAAAGAGGGAAUAGACCCGACUUCACAAUGAGAUACGAAGAAGAUGAUAUUAAAAGUAAAAAAUCCAGUACGGGUGAGAAUGAAAUGAUUAUCUUAAUGAAGAAUAUGAAUAGAUUAUCUUCCAAAAUGAUGAGUAUGAGUAGUUCUGUGAAUAAUGAAAAGGAUGAACCCGGUGCAGAUGGACUUUCUUCAUGGGAAGUGAAGGAAUAUCAAGAGGAAUUGGAUUUACAUGAUUUGAAUGAGAUUGAGGAUUUACGGUUUAUAAAGAUUAAUAUUGAUCCAAAUAUGGCUAGUAGUAACCCUAAGAAUGAUACCAAAACUAGUGAUAUCACCGACGAUCAACUACAGGAAUAUUUAUCCAAUCAAUUUAAUAUGAAUCAAGUGUUUGAAUUGAGAGAUACUUAUCAAUCUAAGACGCAAGAGAUUGAAAAGACAUCAGCUGAGAUUUCUGCUAUUAGUAAACAAAAUUUCAGGACAUUUAAGCUUAUAAACAAGGAAGAAUCAAAAGGGGUUGAACCAACAUUGAGAAACCUUGUUCCUAAAUCAUUAGCUCAGGAGAUCAUUACCCACAACAUCACCGUGGUUGAGUUUUUGUCACAUUUCUGGAAACUCUUUUUACAUGAGAACAAUCCAACGCAAUUAAAGAAGAUUUUCGUCAGUUUAAGAAAUUGCAAAAAUUCUUUAGUGGAAUUAAAGAAGAAGGCCAUGAAUAUAUUUAAUGAGAUGGAGGUUGUUAAAAAUAACGAAAAGGUAAAAGACAAGAUUGAAAAGGAUUUACAACAUUGUCUUGAGCCCAUGGAAGUAAGUCUUGACAAGGCGAUUAAUGAGUAUGUAAAUGCCGUCCGUAGUCAACAACAACAACAACAACAUGAUGAGAAAGAGGAUGAAGGUACUACACCUGAAAUCAAUGAGCAUGGCAAACGACCUCUACCUGCGUAA